AUGGGGAGGAAGAGCGGAAGGAUAACCAGAGACCGCGUGUCGAGAAUCGGCAGCUAUGCAAUCGCCUCGUCGAUUAAGGACCCAACGUGCGUCUCUUGCACAACGUUCAAUAUCCUCGCGCCGAUUUACAAGAGGCUCAAUCACGAGGCACGUAUUGUGAGGGCUAUUUCUUUAUCUGUUGUUGCUGCUGCUGUUGUUGUUGUUGAUGAUGAUAGCUCUAUUCACAUUUUUCUUGCUGGGAUCCAAAUUACAGGGAAAGCGAUGUUAAGGAUUAUUGGUUGGAUAGGAACCAGAGGAUUUUGGAUUGGUUGUUGUGCGAAAGAUCUUCUAUUAUCUGUCUCCAGUAUGAAGCUAAAAGGCGUGUUAUCACUGAAACAUUUGCAGGAAUUUUGGGUUGGGAAUGAAGAAUUGGUGAAUAUAUAUGAUAAGAGGCUUGGUGAUGCUGGUUAUGUUAAUUUUAAGCUUGCCCGGACGAAUAACCGCGGGGAUGGUCUGCUGACUGCUGUGCACAAGGACUAUUUUAGGAUCAUCAGCCACCAAGAGCUACUUUUCAACGAUUUUGGGGACCGUGUUGCUCAGCUUUUGCACGUUGAAUUGGUUGCGCCCAUCGCCCAAUACCGAAACAAUAAUGUCCGACAAGAAAUUCUUAUAGUAAACACUCACUUAUUGUUUCCACAUAAUUCGAGUUUGUGUUUGGAGCGUUUACGUCAGGUCUACAAAAUAUUGCGAUAUGUGGAAUCAUACCAGAAAGAAAACAAGCUCAAUCCACUGCCCAUCUUGCUGUGCGGUGAUUGGAAUGGGAGCAAGAGGGGUCAUGUUUACAAGUUUCUUAGAUCUCAAGGAUUUGUAUCAUCAUAUGAUACUGCUCAUCAGUAUACUGAUGCUGAUGCUCACAAGUGGAUAAGCCACCGCAACCAUCGUGGAAACAUCUGUGGUGUUGAUUUCAUAUGGCUUCUUAAUCCCAACAGAUACAGGAAACUGCUUAAAAAUAGCUGGAGUGAAGCUGUAUUUGGCAUGUUCAAGUAUCAACUUAGACGAGCAUCAUUGACAGAGGAUGAUGCCUUUGCUUUUCUGAAGGCUGACCAGGGGGAUUACAUUACCUAUUCGGGUUUCUGUGAAGCAUUGAGACAUCUUAAUCUGAUUGGCCAUUGUAACGGAUUGAGUGCUGAAGAGAUACAGGAACUGUGGGAACAGGCGGACAUUGAUGGAAAUGGCGUGCUCGACUAUAAAGAAUUUAAGCAACGGAUAUGGAAGGCCUCACUAUCCGAGCAAGGAGUCGAGUCUUGUGACAAUGUCUUAAAUGGCACUGAGCAAACUAUCGGAUUUAGUGUUAAAAAUGCAGUCCUUUUCCCCACAGAAGUCGAGAAAGGAAUGUGGCCCGAUGAUUACUCUCUUUCUGACCACGCUCGACUAACCGUGGUCUUUUCACCUCUUAGAAUGCCGUGUUCCCGUUUGACACCUUGAGGCUUUUGGUAGAUCCACACAUGGGUUAUUAUGAUGGAGACUAUGAGCAGCAUCAAGAAAAAAGCUCGGAAGUUCCAAAUCACCGGAUAAAAAAGUUAAGUUGAUGGAUGAAAACCGGGAAUAUUUCUCAGUGGCUAUUCGAACAAACUCCUGCUCGUGUGGAAAGAAUUUUUAUCAAUUUUCGUGAAAAUUUAGAGGUUGCUCGUCACUAAACCUCUAUGUCUGGUGGAUUAUGCAGACGGCUAUUUAUGCAAAAAGAGUCGUCGUUUUCAUCGUGCGAUGUAAAUAUAAGUGUAAUGGAAAGUGUUAAAAAUGACUGAACGAACUUAUUGGGAUAAGGAAGUAUUUUGUACAAACUGUGUGGGUGGCUAUCUCAUUCAUCUUUUAGUUUUGUGAGAUGCAAUAUGAAAUUCCCCCUUUGUUGCUGUUGCUGAACUGAAGCAUACAAACUUGUUUCUUCCUUCUCCUUUUUAUUUUCUUUAUUUCUGCCCUCAUUAUUUGUAAAAUUGAAAAUUUUAUAAUUAUUACUUAUUCUUGG